AUGGAGAUACUGCAGAGAAGAGUACCGAUGUUAAACCCUAAUUCGCUCUCUCUAGCAAUUGCUGUCUCUCUUCUUGUCGCCGUUUCAUCUGCGGGAGUCAUCUUCGAAGAGCGCUUCGAAGAUGGAUGGGAGAAUCGAUGGGUCAAAUCCGACUGGAAGAAAGAUGAGAAUAUGGCUGGAGAGUGGAAUUACACCUCUGGCAAAUGGAAUGGAGACCCAAAUGAUAAAGGUAUCCAGACCAGUGAAGACUACAGGUUUUAUGCCAUCUCUGCAGAGUUUCCUGAAUUCAGCAACAAGGAUAAAACCUUAGUGUUUCAGUUCUCCGUCAAACAUGAACAGAAGCUCGACUGUGGUGGUGGAUACAUGAAAUUGCUCAGUGGUGAAGUAGAUCAGAAGAAAUUCGGUGGUGAUAGUCCAUACAGCAUCAUGUUUGGACCAGAUAUUUGUGGUUACAGCACCAAGAAAGUCCAUGCAAUUCUCACAUACAAUGGUACAAAUCAUCUGAUCAAGAAAGAAGUCCCAUGUGAGACUGACCAACUAACUCAUGUCUAUACUUUUAUCCUUCGGCCUGAUGCUACUUACAGCAUUCUCAUAGACAAUGUGGAGAAGCAGUCUGGUAGCUUGUACUCAGAUUGGGAUCUUCUCCCACCAAAGAAGAUCAAGGAUCCUGAAGCAAAGAAGCCCGAAGAUUGGGAUGAUAAGGAAUACAUUCCUGACCCUGAAGACAAGAAGCCAGAGGGUUAUGAUGACAUCCCAAAAGAGAUUCCAGAUCCUGAUGCCAAAAAGCCUGAGGACUGGGACGAUGAGGAGGAUGGUGAGUGGACUGCACCAACUAUUCCCAACCCUGAGUACAAGGGCCCAUGGAAGCCAAAGAAACUCAAGAACCCCAACUACAAAGGCAAAUGGAAAGCACCAAUGAUUGAUAACCCUGACUUCAUAGAUGACCCAGACCUCUAUGUAUACCCAAAUUUGAAGUAUGUAGGAGUUGAGUUGUGGCAGGUGAAAUCUGGAACCUUGUUCGACAAUGUCUUGGUAUGUGAUGAUCCUGAGUAUGCUAAGCAGCUAACCGAAGAAACAUGGGGCAAGCAAAAAGAUGCUGAGAAGGCUGCAUUUGAUGAGGCAGAAAAGAAUAGAGAGGAGGAGGAAUCAAAGGACGAUCCAGUUGAUUCUGAUGCUGAGGAUGGAGAAGAUGAUGCAGAAGGCAAUGAGACCGAUGAUGACUCCAAAACAGACUCAACGGAAGAUGAAGCCGCCUCAGUGGACGAUGAUGUACAUGAUGAACUGUAA